UUGCUAACAUAUCCUACAGCUGAUAGAUAAGUGUACUAGGCACCCUGUGGUGUACCAAAAUAUCAAACAGAAACUUUUAAUAUUGAUAUCGGUAACAGCAAUUUAAUGCUCAUUUAAGAAAAAAAAACACUUAAAUAAAUGUCGUCUGCACCGAUUGCUUCUUUUGAGAAUACCCAUAUUCGCAGCAAAUUUCGAGAAUAUGCCAGGGAUCAGCGCCUGGAGUGCCGCAUGAAGGCCAAGGACUCGUUGCGCAUAGGACUCGGGCAGAUAAAAGAGGAGGUGAAAGCUUUGGAGAGUUUGGAAACUAAGGACGUUAUUGGAAUGGCCGGCAGGAUCAAGAGACGAAAACACGCCACAACUGAGGAUAUGCGCCGCCUGUCAGUAGCUUUUCUCCAAGGCAACGACAACAUCAACGCCUUUGCAGGAAUUCCUGGCGCGAUCCAAGUUCUGGUAAAGGAGCUUACUGGACCGCAUAUUCAGCGACAGAUCGAUGCUAUCGAGUGCCUUUGUAAUCUUUCUCUUGGAGAGGCACAUGUCUCAGAGAAAAUUGCCAGUUUGGCAGGCAGUUACAUUGUUACAUACCUGGAUGGUAAGGAGGAACGCCUUAAGCGAAGCUGUUUGUGGACAUUGGCCAACAUUCUAGCCACCUGCGAAAAGGCUUGUAAAAUAUUGUUGCAAAUGCAACUGGUGCCGAAAUUGUGGAGGGUCUACAAUGAUUCUAAUAGCUGCCAAGAAGAUGCAGGUAUCUGCCUUAAUCUGGUGGUCACCGAACACUUGCAGUAUGUGAGUACCGAAGAUCGAAAUUACAUAGCCCAGAACUUGCACAAAAAGAAUCUCGGGGAUCCCGCCACCGAAUAUUUUAUGUAUAUAAUAUAUCAAUUGGAAAUUGUUGGAGAGAAUCACGAAUUAGGGGCUCAGCAAGCUGAAUGCCUGCUUCAUUUCAUUGAUGCCCUUUUGACCUCGGUAGACAGUUUCUGCGUUAUUUACGGAGUGCGUGUGUUGGCUAAUCUGUUGGCUCUAGGGGACCCUAAACUAAUUGGACGUCUGGCAGACCCACAGAAUUUUGUUAAAGCCUUAAAUCAGCUUUUCGCCUUGCGGGACUCGAAUCUCAGUCUGGACCUAAUGCGGUUACUGAAGAAUUUCCUGCUUCUAAAUAUAACAGACUCCAACCUUAUAUUGGAUGUUUUACAAGUAUACGUAUAGUCUCUUU